CGGCGGAAACGGGUGGGCCGCGCUCCCUGCGGCCCGGGGGUAGCGCCUGGGGCGGCCGCGCUGAGGUUCUCCCGCCGGAGCCGGUGAUGCCGGUCCCGGAUCAGCGCUGCUCCCGCCGUUCCUCUCCCUCCUUGCGGCGGGCGAGCGCGGCGGCGGCGGGGGGCUGAGGGCCCGGGUGGCGGUGCCGGGCCGCCAUGGUGCCCUGGGGAGCGGUGCUGUGGCGGCGGCUGCUGAGGAAGCGCUGGGUCCUCGGCGUCGUCUUCGGGCUUUCCCUCGUCUACUUCCUCACCAGCACCUUCAAGCAGGAAGAGCGGACGGUGAGAGAUCGGAAUCUCCUCCAAGUGCAAGAGCACGAGCAGCCCAUCCUGUGGAAGGUGAAGUUCAGUUCGGGAAACAGCAGUCAGCCGAGUAACCAGUGCAGGAAUUCUGUGCAGGGGAAGCUCCUCAUUACAGAUGAACUGGGCUACAUCUGUGAAAGGAAGGACCUACUGGUGAAUGGCUGUUGUAAUGUCAACGUGCCCAGCACAAAGCUGUACAGCUGUGAGAGCUGCCUUCCCAACGGCUGCUGCAGCGUGUACGAGUACUGUGUUUCCUGUUGCCUGCAGCCCAGCAAGCAACAUCUUCUGGAACGUUUCUUGAAUCGGGCAGCUAUUGCUUUCCAAAACCUCUUCAUGGCAGUGGAAGAUCGCUUUGAAUUGUGUCUGGCGAAAUGCAGGACUUCAUCACAGAGCGUGCAGCAUGAAAACACCUACAGAGAUCCAAUUGCAAAAUACUGCUAUGGUGAAUAUCCCCCUGAGCUUCUGCCUGUUUGAAAGCUGCAUGAUCUAAGCAACAAAGGGAAGGAACUGGAGACUGGAAUCCAAAAGAGCAAGACAAUGGCUGUUUUUUUACAAGACUCUCAGUGUAAAUGACUUGCGUUGUUUCUGGGGACAAACCCAGAGGCGUAUGGACCUAAAUUCUCUGGGAUUGAAUCUGGCUCUCUUUGGUUUGUUACACACCUGCAUUGAAGUACUAGAGCACUAGUGUGCUCUUUGAAUACUUCCUUUAAUUUUUAGGAUGGGUGGAGUCGAUAUAGGCUAUAAAAGAUCAUGGGGAAAAUAUCUAAUGUAGCUUUGCGGCCGUAUAUGGGAGUUCAGUUGUGUCUCUGGACUGCAGAGACUUUCCAGAGUGACAGUAAUAAUUGGAGGAUUUUUUGCUUUUAGGGAGUAAAGCAUGCCUGUUGUGCUUCUCUCUCUGGAGCGCUUCUUGAUGUGCAUGGUGUAUGCUACAUAUGUAAUUAUGAAUUAUUUAUUCAUUUUAUAUGGAUUACUAGCUGAAACUAUUGAUGCCUUGCAUAGCUAGUUGUUGAUGCCUUUCGGUCCCUGUUCUGUUACAUCAGGUAGAAAGGAUAUUUUAGAUCCUGACUGAAAUUGGUUGAUUGUUCUCCUCCUUAGUCUAAAGGAAUUGCAUUGGAAUUUGUCACUGUAGUGCUUAUGUUCCUUGUAGUGAGUUUAAAGCAUUCAGAACUCCAAUGGAGUUGUUAUUCUGUCCAAGCCCCAUAGCACAAGAAAAGAACAGGGAUCUGCCUGGGAUGGGAUGUUUAUUGUCUGUAAACACUUUCCUUGUCAACUCUGCAGCAGUUUCCUCAAAGAGGAGUCUUAGUCUUGUGAACACCUCUCUUCCUGACAGGGAGCACUGAAGAUUUGUUUGCUUGUACUUGUUCAGGCCUUGGCAAUUCAAAUUGUACUUCACUCCUGGUUGUGCAGGAGGCAGAAGGGUGGAGUUGUUCUAGGAUUUCAGUUUAAUGAUGUCCUUGUGCAUGAAGUAAUUGGAAUGUCAGAACAUGGCUCAAGCCCUCCUCUGAGGACAAAUGUGUUGCAUGAGUUCAGUUGAACAGUGAUGAUGUUUUUGAUUUGCUGUUUGACAUACUGGCUACUCUGGGAUUUCAGUCUGAUCAGAACGGCACUACAACAGGGUUGGUUCUCCCACAAUUUCUCCUAGCUCUGUGAAGCUCCAGUUUAAACUUCCUCUCUCUUAGGGUCACUCAACACAGAAAAGAUGGGUAGAAAACCUGUAAAAUGUUGACUAAACUUGUGCUCCCUCUGCAAGUCAGUGGGCGAAGUCCAAGUGCUAGACAAAAUCAGGUUGUUCUUUUCUAUGUACAGAGCCUCAUUUCUCUUGUUUUUUACCCCAUUCAUCUCCUUCAUGAUUUUGACUUUGCGGAUGCUUGUUUAAACUGAUACUUCCUAUUCCCUGACUCAAAUAAAACAAUCUACAGAGGCUUUAAAAAAAAAAAACAAAAAACCAACAAGCACAGUGGUGGAGUAUCUUGGUGCAAAAGGUCUGUAGAAUGCUAUUGCAAUUACGUAUGAUAUUAAAAAAGUAGUGUUACCAGCCAUCUGAUAAAAUCCACUUGCGUUGUUUUCAUUGUUCUUUCCCAAAAGUCAUCGAGUGAGAUAAUGGUUCCACCAGCAGAUUCUCUCGAAAAUCUUGUUUUUUCCAAAAGCUUAAAAGCUUUAGUGUUAGCAGUUUAUCCAGCUGAAAAUCUGUCUCCCCUUUGCUGCCAUCCUACGGCAGCUCGCUGCAGCAGACAUGAUACAGUGUGAAGAUGCAGUGUGAAAUGCUGUCUUCAGAGGGUAGCAGAGGUUACUUCUCUUUUCAGUGUUAAAGAGAUUCUUCACCCCUGUUCCAGCACUUCAUAACUGUUUUCCUCAGGGAAGGCCAUCAGGUUGGUCUAUUGUAUCAUUCCUGCUGAGAUGUAUUCCAGCACUUCAUGGUUUUGCACAACUGCUGAGAUCAAGAUACUGAUAGCUUGCUCUUGCCUCCUUUUUCAACUUGGUAUUAAUUCCUUAGCAGGCGAUACUGCUGCUUGAAGCUGUAAUUGUGUGAAAUCAUAAGAACCAACCUAAUUUGGACAACAUUAGUGGUAAUCCCUGGCCCUUUUCUUUCCUAGAAAAAUAGGAUGUGCAUUGUGACCACUAUCCAGUCAAGGGGACAGAAACUGCAUCCUCCCUCCCUGGUUGUUGAGCUGUUCAACUAGUGUCUAUACUAUAUGUUAAAUCAUUAAAAAUUUGUCUGUGUUCCAAAAUA